AUUCUUGUGGUAGAAACAAGUCAACUUAUAGUGUCAAUUGAGCUUCAUUUGAAGUGCUUUCUAGUGCUUUCUACCCUCUUAUUAUAAUACGAAAGUUUCGGUCUUUCGCUAUAACCAUAUUUUUUAGAUAUUCACAUUUAAUUUUAAUAAUGUCACGAUGAGUACUAGAAAAUUAUAUCAGUUGUUCAAGAUUGCUUGAUAACCUACCUACUAUUUCUAGUUUUAUCUUGGUGUUUUGUUUUUACUUACUAAUAAAGAAGUUCAUGUAUUGCAUAAAUAAAGCUAUUUGCAUUUAAUUAAAGAAAAGAAACAUUAAAAAAUUAUAAAAGUGCUAUUGCUGUGAGGGAAAUGAUGAAGUCCAUGUGUGUGUAUAUGUUGGUUUUGGUGUGUGCUGUUAAUGCAGACGAGGACGAGGAUGUAUUUACGUUACCACUAUUUAUAAGACAACCAAAUAGUGUCUUCAUUUGGAAAGGUGAUAAAAUUAUGCUGCCUUGCUUUGCGUUGGGAUAUCCUCGGCCUGAAGUUACAUGGUACAAAGAUGGCGUACCUGUCAAACUAAUUAUUGGGUCUGUAUCCUCUUAUAUUUUGGCUGACGACACGUUAGUUAUCAACAAAGCUCGAAAUAACGCCAAUCAUACUGAUAGUGGAGAUUAUUAUUGCAACGCGACAAAUAGUGCAGGAAGUACACAAAGUAGAAUCGCGACAGUCAAAGUUAUAUCGGAUGUCCCUGUAAAAAGCUAUGUUCACAAAUUCGAUAACCAAAGCGUUCAAUUGUCUUGGUCUUCUCCUCCAAAUUUGAAUAUAUUGUCUUAUAAAAUCAGUUGCUUGUAUAACCAUGGUAGAGCGCCAUUUAUUCUCAUGUAUCCCAAAAAGCAAACCACAAGCACUAUAUUGUCCGGACUCGAUCCUUAUGAAUCGUAUUAUGUUUUUGUUCAAAUCAAAACAAAGAGUGGGUAUGGUAAAAGGAGCAAUGGCUUUGUCGUUGAGCUAGCGAGAAUGUGAAUCUAAACGUCGUAUGGUGUUCUAUUAAACCUGGAACCUGUUAUUAUGGAUGGUGAUUAAGAUAGAUUUGCGGUAACCACAAAGAAACAUGUUUGUUAUAUUAAAAUUCGUUGCUUACACGUUUUAUUAAUUAACGUGUCUUUAUUACACGUCAGAGUUUUUAUUUUCGUUAUAUAAAUUUCCUAAUAUUUUUCGUAGAAUAUUGUCAUAACCUGUCAAAUGUUGUACCAAUUUUGGUAUUUUCUUUUGUUAAAAUAUAAAUUUAAAAGUUAAACAUAUUCCUUCAUGUCACUUUUUGACAACUUGCAUUAUGCUAUGCUACUAUUGUAGUCAGAAUUAACGAAACUAAGUCAUUUAAUUCGGCCUUUUUCGAACACUGCUCAAACAGACAAAUAGUGAAUGUUCUGCAACCAGCAGGCCUCAAAGUCACUUUUUUGCACACGUAGGCAAAAUAGGGAGCCUUUACAACAUGUUCGUCGCACUCCCGAGAAAAAUGAUUGUACUGAGGUCAGCAAAAAUAGCACGUUUCAAGAGUAUUGAUUUAACCAAGUAACGUAAGAUCAGGAGUCCAAUGCGAACAUUGAGUAAUUCAAAAUGCUUGACUCUAACAUAGAAACAACCAAUGUGACCACUUGCGUCGGAAAACGUUGACUUUAGUUGCUGCAUUUGUGUUGUGAACAUUUAGGUUUAGUAUUCAUGUUUUUGCUUGCUCGGCAAUAUUUCAAGACUUUUUGCGCCAGGACUUGCGUGUUUGUGACGAUGCGGUUAUGCUAAAAAUAUAUUGAUUAAGAAUAAUAACAUUGCUUUCACUUUUGUUCGGUCCCAAAAAUAAUUCAAUCG